UAAUAAACAAUUCUUUUUUUUUAUUUAAAAAAAAAAUCCAAAGAAAUAAAUUACUAUCUUUUCUUUGCAAAGCGUCCUAGGCAAAAGGCCAUGGAGAUGCAGGAGCAGAAAAAGAGAAGAAAGUCAAUGAAGAUAACAAGAAGCAACAAAAAUGAAAAGAUUUCCUCUUCUUCUGCUCCUAUUAAUAAUCUUGAUGAUGGUUGUCUCAUGCAUAUCUUCAGCUUCUUAUCUCCCAUUCCAGAUCGGUAUAACACCGCCCUCGUUUGCCACAGAUGGUGUUAUUUGGCAUGCCACCCUCGAUUGUGGCUGCGAGUUGACAGAUCUGUGAAGGAUUUCUCUGAACCCGGUGUUUUCCCUAACAUUGAAGAAGCUGUCUCUGCGGCCAGACCCGGCGAUACUAUUUUAAUUGCAGCUGGCGGCAGUCAUCUUGCCUCUAAUAUUCAGAUUAGAAAACCACUUUGCCUGAUUGGUGGAGGUGAGAUUCCUGAUGAAACAACUCUCCUCUGUUUGCGAGGUUCUGACAGUGCAUUAGAGUUUCUGUCCACCUGCAAGCUGACAAACUUAACAGUAAAGGCGGAGCUAGGUUGCUGCUUGCUUCAUAGGAGUGGAAGACUAAUUAUAGAAGAAUGCAUCCUUCAGUGUGAAUCAAACCCAUUGGACUAUCUAUCAUGCCCAAUCGUAAGUACAGCUGGUAGUGGGGUAUUCCCUUCCAAACUGAAGGGCCAUGGUGAUAGCGUUUCUGUUUCGCACACUCGGAUUGAAGGAGGAGCAAAGGCUGUUUUGACCGGUGGAUACCUAGCACUACAGCGAGUUCGGGUCAUUUAUGCUCGAACUUGUCUCUAUUUCUGGUUUGAUGUUGAUUGUACAUAAUUAUAUGUUCUCAUCAUCAUCCUUUUUCUCUAUCACAUUAUUCCGAUUAUGGAUUCAAUUUAUUCGUGAAUGUUGUACUCGUUUGUUUUCUGUAGGAUUAAAUCUAAUGUAAGUUUAUAUUCAUUUCUGCA